AGAAAGACCCUGUUGCUCAUCUUUGUAGAUUCUUAUACCCUGACAAGGUUUCUUUGUUUCUCUGUUUUUUCCUUUUUUGUUAAGAGAAAGAGUGAAAGAGAUGGGGAUGAUGUAUUAUCAGUUGUCCAAGUGUUCUUAUCAAGACUCUUUGAAAAUACUAGAGGCUGAUAUACAACAUGCAAAUGCUUUGGCUGCUGCAAUACCAAGAGCCAACAGUGGUGCACAUCUUCGAAUGAAAUUGGUGUACAAUCAUUUGACACCCCUCUUUCUAUUUUUGCUACAAUGGAUGGAUUCUUCCUGCAUAUGUCUACUCCCUAGAUAUCAAAACCUCUUUCACAUACUUGUAUACAAGGUAUAUACGGACGGGAGAUCAAAGAUAUCUACACAUGGAAGGAAGGCAACAAUUAGAGAGUUUUAUGGUGUUAUAUUACCAUCACUUCAAAGGCUCCAUGGUAACUUGGGGGUGUUGGAUGAUGAUAAGGAAGGGCAUUUUACCAUGGGGUGUUCUGGUAAGAAAAGAGUUGAAUUAGAUGAUGGACUUGGGAAUAUUGAUUUGGAGAGGGAAGAUGAAUGUGGGAUUUGCUUGGAGCCUUGCACCAAAAUGGUCAUGCCUAAUUGUUGUCAUGCAAUGUGCAUCAGAUGCUACCGCAAUUGGAACACAAAAUCAGAGUCCUGUCCAUUUUGCCGUGGGAGCAUGAAAAGAGUUAACUCUGAAGAUUUAUGGGUACUUACUUGCAAUGAUGAUGUGGUCGACAAUGAAACUGUUUCCAAGGAGGACUUGUUGCGUUUCUACAUCUACAUCAACAGCCUUCCAAAAGAUUACCUAAUUUGAUUUGAAGUUCUUUUAAAUAGUGUGCAGAUGGAAAAGGCCGACCAUCAAAUGUAAAUAGAGUCCGGUAAGAAAAUUCUCUCUGCUUCUUACUGAAAAGAAGCAGUCCCAUUUUACGCUUUUCGGAAGUUAAUGAACAUUAGUGUAAGAAACCCUCAUUAAUUAUUAAUGGAAGCUGUAAUUUCUGAAACUUGAGUCUGCCAUUUCCUCUUAAUCUUUUGUUGAAAGUGAUACACAAAGUGACUGGUUGAAGAAGUAUGCGUAAAACAGAUGGUUGAUACUUGGUGGUAGUUUGAUGUUUCAGUCUUUAAAAUGAUAUACAGGCUAUACAAUAUCGUAAUGGUUCAAAAAGAAACAAAAGGAUCAGACUGUAGAUAAAAGAUGAAUGAAGGUCAUUGAGG